CCGGGGGAGACAGUAUCAGUAACAGUCAGCACCGACACCGACACCGUACGUUCAAGACUUGAACACACAUAAAAUAUAUAUUUUUUGUUUUGCAAAUACGAAACGGAAACGAAAUCGAUGGAAAUGUACGAGUGCGAGCACUGCGGUUGCAGGAAGACGACCCUGAGCGGGGCUCCCACGUACGAGCUGCGGCGCACAUCCACCGGCACUGAGGUGGUGGGCGAACGGCGCUGGAUCUACGACACCUGCAGCAUCUGCCGCAACGUGAGGUUCUUCCGCCAGUUGGAGGAGGACGACGAGGCCUCGCUGGAGGAGCCACCCAAGUCCCAAGAGCGACAGAUUUCCAAGGCCAAAACAGAGCCAGAGCCUGGGGAUGGGUUUGGCGACGGGCAGGACCAGGUGGUUCCGGUCAUGCAGCGCGUCAAGAUGUUGGAGGGCAAGGCCAAGGAAGCCAACCCCAAGCCGACAAAGGGUCAGCUGGGGGGCAAACAGCCGGAGCCGGAGACCGAUGCGGAGUCUCUGGUUGUCUCCUCCAGCGAGACCGUGACGGAGUCCUUCGCCUUCGACCGCGCUACCAGUGGCGGGGACAGCGGCAAGCCCUGUACUCCCAGAAUCUCCUUUCAAAUCCCCCUCAAGCGGUACUCGCUGCAGCCCGGACUGAAGUGCAAGCGGAAGACGAUGCGCCGUUUGGCCAGCAUUCGCCUGGACGUCAAUCAUCAGCUCAGGAAGACCGAGCUGGAGCUGCGCGAGCUGGAGGAGAGGCGAGUGCAGGCCCUGAACGACGGGGACUGCAGCAAGGGAAUCGGAGCGCUGCUGGACUCCGUCGUUGAGCUCCUCCUGGAGCAGUCGCUCUUCAAGGACAAGGCCAGCCAGACAGAGCACGGAGCUGGAGACGGACGUCUCCUCUCGGCAGUGGAGCAGCUGCGGCACCUGGUCGAGACGGUGUCGACGGUGAAGCGGUGCAGCUACCAGUCCAUCGGGUAUGCCGCCCGCCAGGCCUUUUGCGGAAUGAAGCACACUGACUGCACGACGAAGGCCCUGCAGGCGGAGGAUCAGUUCCGCACGGUGUCCUUCACGGACAAGGAGCUGCUCGGGGCCCUCGCCAGCAAGGCCCACCUGUUCGAGGACACGGCCCCCAAGCAGCCCCUCUACACCAAGGAGCCCAUGCUGUGCCCCGACCUGCACUGCCCCAAAACGUGCUACCCCUCGGGGCUCAACGACCAUCUGUUGAGCGACCAUCCGGGCCUGAAGGCGAAGCCAGUCGGCCUGCGACAGAGCGAGACCCUCUACAUGGACCCCAAGGCGCUGCCGCUCAACGAGGCCACUUGCCUCCAGCUGUACGAGGUGAAGGACAAGAUCACCCACGCCCAGGCCGGCUGGAAGGGCGACGUGCUGCCCGUGCUGGUCAUGGCAGCCCGCGCGCGCUUCUCCAACGACUCCGACUUCGACGACGAGGAGGACGCCCUGCUCGUCUGGCUGAGCAGCUUCCGUCCGGCCGACAUUCGCCUGUACGGCACCCUCUCCGUGUGGUCGCCGCGCGCCUACAUGGCCGACACCCUCACGGUGCUCACCGGCCAGCCGCACGACAUCUGCACCCCCAAGGACCUGGCGACCAUGCUCCGCAGUCCCUGCACCGUGGUGGUGCCCCACGCACAGCUCCAGCGCAUGACCGCCCGCAACGGCGGCCCAGAGCCCAGCCUCAUCGCCGUUCAAGUGCAAUUCCAGUAGCGGCCGCAGCCCUGGACACCCACCGAAAACCCAAAUCAAAUUCUUAGAAAUGUAAAUUGUUUAUUUUCCAGCCAGAUGGAAGGACGUGGCACUUUCGGCCACAAAGCCAUGGUGCCCAUCAAUAUAUUUUGGUAUUGUUUCGAGCACAA